AGGAAACGAAAGUGUCGUUUAAAAACGGUCUCGCCACAAAACAGACGAUAUUUAGUGGAUAACUUCCGUCUCCGUGUUCUCUUUAGCACUGCACUAAGUAACAACAGAAGCAGCCAUGACAUCUAAAAGUGCCAAAGAGACCAUAGUUGCCAAGUUGGGUUUCAAAUCCAGCAGCUCUGGCUCCAAGGCUGAGGCAGAGCUGGAAAAAGUCAAGAAAGAAAAUGUUCACCUGAGAAAAAAGAUUGAUGACCUGACCAAACGGCACAUCAAACCGCCUGAUGCGGACAAAAGCAAGCUGCUGGAGAGGAUUCUUUCCCUUGAGACCUUGAGAGAGAGGAACAACCAGCAGUUGCUGGUGAAAGAGCAGGAGCUGGAAACUCUGAGACAGCAGCUGUCAGCUAAAGGAGGAGAGGUGGUGGCGUCGCUGCAAGCCCAGCUGGAGCAGCGGAGGAAAGAAACAGAGCAGAGAGACGCGUUGUUCCAGAGUUUGUCACAGGAGACGGAGAAUCUGAAAAACAAGCUGGUCACUGUUUCUGCCCGAUGUCAGACUCUGGAAACCCAGGUGGCGAAUGGACAGCCACCUGCCUCAGACCUCGUAAUGAUACAAGAUCAACUGAAAGAUGCUCUGGAGAAGAACCAGCAGUGGCUGGUGUACGACCAGCAGAGAGAGGCCUAUGUGCAGUCUGUCCUGGCCCGUACUUUAGAGCUGGAGCAGCAGCUGGCUCAGGCAAAGCAGCAACAAACCAAACAAGAGGCCAGUCCAGAGGCUCCUGCCAACUUGGCAGAUCCAGAAAAGGAAUCUCAGCUGAAAAGCCAAUAUGACCACUUGGUGUCUGGGAUGAAGAAAGACCUGGAGAGCCAAAAAGAGCAGGUUACCAGAGCCAGACAGGAGCUCGGUGUCCAUCCGGAGCAGGCCUUGAAAGCUCAGGCUGAGCUGCACUCUCAGCGGGAGCAAGUCACCAGGGUUCAGGAAGAGAUGUUGGCACUGCAGAGGAAGUACGACGACAAGUGCAGAGAGCUGUCGUCCUUUCUGAGGAAGCACGAAGACAAGUGCAAAGAGCUGGAGGAGGCCAAGAUGGAUCUUCAGGCAGAGCGACUUAGCAACAGACAUGCAGUCUGUGAGGAGAGAAAGGUGUCGUCUGAGCGUGCAGACAGAAUGAGGGUGGAACUGGAGAAUAUGGAUAUCAGAUUGGAGGAGGAGAAGAAGAGAUCUGCUGAGCUUCUGUUGCAGGUAAAUAUGCUGCAGAAGUCCCUCCUGAGCCAGAAGGAAGAGCAGAGAAGAAUCGCAGCACUGGAGCAACAGAUCCAACUCUCUGCCAAGGACUUUGAGAAUGAAAAAAUUGAUCGUCAGAGCAUGCAGCACCAGUUACAUAAGGUGCUGAAGGAGCUUCGCAAGGCCCGUGAUCAGAUUGCAAAGCUGGAAUCUGCUAAGCAGCCAAAUGCUCGCUUUUCAGAGCCCAGCUCGUAUAAUAGCCUCGAGUUUGAGCGUCUCACUAUUGAAAACCCUCUUGGCCCUACAUCCCCAUCUAAAGUCACCAACCUCCUGGACGAGAGUUUCCUGGAGUGCCCAAAGUGUCGGGCCCCUUAUCCCACCAGUCGUCACAGGGAGCUGCUGACUCACAUCGAUUACUGCUUUGCGUAAGCUAACACAUCAGCAUAGAUGAGUGAUUCUCGGUGUGCAUGUCCGGACCUCUGCUUACUCAACGGGCUAAAAACAAACACAAGAAUCACUCUACAAGAUUUCUGAUUCAUUCAGGAAAUUUGUGUUUUUGAAUCUAGGUAAAAUAAAACAACGAACAGGCAGUUUUAGACACUGACUCUACAAACAUAGCACUGAUAACAGAGUAUAAGAUAUUUCUUAAAGUCACUGGAGACCACUUGUAUUCAAUCCUGUUCUUUUAUCGCAAAGUUAGAAAUACCGCUUUAAUGAUCAUUUAACAUAAAUGUAUAAAAUAUUCAUUUAUGUCAGAAAUCAUGGGACAUAUUGUGCAUUAUUUUCCAAGAAUGAUGGGGUAUAUGGUGUCCAUUAAAAAUGAUUUUUAAAUUUAUUUUAUAACAGUAUUUUGGCUUUUUUACUCUGUUUUUUUUGUUUUGUUUUGUUUUUUUUCAUUCAAUAUCCAAACAGGUGCGAUACUUGAGUGCUUGUGUAGAUACGUUUUUUUUUUUGUUUUUGUUUUUUUAAAUAGAAGGGAUUUGCAGGAUAUUCUUAACAUGCAAAUCGCUCGAACAUGUACUCCAGCUCUUCUUGCCAUUAGAAAAUCAUCAAACAUCUCCUUAUUUACAGUUUUUUAAAAAAACUUUAAUACUCCAUAUAGUUACAUCUGGGGCCUCUCUGUUUAGAUUUUGCUGUUUGUUAAACUUUUGGUGAAUUCAGUGUUGUUUUGGUGUGUGUGUGUGUGUGUGUGUGUGUAUAUAUCACAGUAUUUAUUCUUGUUUUUGUUUUUAAUUGGUGAACUACUGUCUCUUUUCAGUGAUUUAGUUUUAUUUUGCUUCAGUGUGUAUCACCAGACAAUGUUUUGCUUUUGUAAUGGCCUUCUUUCUAUCAAGGGACUAUUGUUUAUGUUAUUUUGCAUAAAAGUUUACAAGCCUGUCUAAUAGACUCCACUGAUGAAACAGCUAAACACACACUUUCUAAACUCCUCUUCUUUUCCCUCCAUCAUCAUCGGCAGCAGUAGUCGUGUUUCUUUUUGCCUGGCUUUAUGUGAAAGUGUUAUGUUACCUAAUUAGCCAUGUGUUUUCGGUUAUGUCAGUGAUGUUUGCGCGAUUGCUAAAGCAUUUCUUUGUUUAACGUGUAAACAGCUGUGUAAAGUAUCCCAAACCAUGACCAAGUUUUUAUUUGCCUGAACUGAACCAGACUUAAAAUGUACAGCAGUCGGGAGCUUAUCUAGUCACAUGUGGGUGGUUGUCCCUGUAUUCUUUCCUGUUCAAGUGAAGCUCACUUCCAUCUCCACCUUGACUUUUCAAGCCUGCGGCCGUUUAAAGCUGGAAUUAGAUUGCAUGAGUUAAUUCCUUGUACUAAACUAUUUAAGGCGGGGAUUACCAAAGGUCCUCCCGGUAGGAGGAAAAGUGGUUAAGGUGUCUAUUCUCGCAGCCUUGGCAGUGUGACCAGUUGACAUGAGACAAACACUGCUGUGCAUCUUAUGUGUGGUUGUUUUGAUUUGGGCUAGCUCUCAUAGAAGAUCCAAGAGUCCAACUUUUAUCAACAGGUUUACCUGUGUUUUUUGUUUUAAACCUGAUUUAUUUUAAUCAUGUACACCAAAGUAGUUUUGCCAUGAUCUGUACUGUACUGUACAAAAAAUGUGCAAUAAAGAUGUAAAUCUCUUCCCAGCA